AUGGCCAAAGGCGGCAAAAUUGCGCAGAGAAAGAUUCAGAGAGCGGCACUGGUCAGCCCAAAAACCCUGAGUUCUUUAUAUGCUAAGAUCUUUGGAAAACUUACAGUUAAGUAUCUCACGAAUAUCAGAUGGUAUCAACUAGACAGAACAGGCAACGCUCAACCCCGUUUGACGAGCAGCUACUUCUGAGUGCAUCAAUGCGCAUGAUGCAGAAGACCCUGGAAGGAUUUUUUCAAACAGAUGUGAUUAAAUACAGCAAGAAGGGAAUAUAUGACUUGGGAUUGCCAAGAUAUCGGCUCCUCAUUCACCCCUCACCCCUCACCCGCUCACCCGCCUCCCCAUCUCCGACUGGAGUAUCUCGAGCCCUUUUGAGAUGGAUUAUCAAAAGCAAUAACUUUGGAUUGUUAAUUUCACAAGUAUGACGUCUAAAGGGAUGGAUGGAGAGCUUUUCAGCAUACAAAGAAUUUGGCAAUAAUGGAAGUAUAAUACAUAACAUAACCGAAAAUUUUUGACAUUACCCUUUUCGAAGUACCUGUUCCAAGAGCGAUCCCCCGUUUUUUGAUUUUGGAGGAUUUCUGCGGUUCGGAAUUCGGAAACGAGAGAGAUGCUUUCGAGCGGCUCGAUGCUAGUUAAUGAAAUCUUCGGUCGGUCCCCUUGAGCCCCCUUAGCUCUUGAACUUCUUCUCAAUGUCCAAACGGGAAGGUUAAAGGAAAUUUUCUACAACUACAUGGGAUAUGAUUUGUGAGUGAUAAGUACUCGAAAGUCAAACAUCUUGGAGAGCUUGGAUAAUCGAAGGUUUUUGCGUUUUGCUCCUUCAAUAUCAGUACGGAAACAAAUGUGUUGAAUGUGCAUAGACUUUGAAUUUUCCACGGGUUAUAUUUUUUUUUACUCGAUAUCGUAGAUAUUCCUUAACUACCGGUGCACGAUCCAAAGAUCUCUCCACGCAUUUCAGCCUCGAAGUCUGACCGCCACGAUGGAGAGACGAGGAAAAGAAUUCAUGUGAUCGAUGACUGCUGCACUCCCACGUCUAUUUAUCCGUGCCCUCCCCCGUCAUUGGUUGAUGGCAUGGCUACGGCCCCAACCCCAGAAAAACAACGCAGGAGGGAGAGAAAGAAAAAGUCAAGUCGCGCCCGGAGGUUGUUGCAGCAGGUGGGUGGGUGGUCAGUGAAGUUUUAUUUAUUAUAUGUAACUCUUUCGUAUGGUUAUGGUUAUGGUUACUGGUGUUCGUUCCGAAUGCAUUCUGUAGGUUCCAAGCUAGCACCAAUUAGAGAUGAUGAAGAUCCUCAUCUGCGCAUUUUGAAACAUGCAUUGUUUUUUUUGGAUGAAGGUGUAUUGUGGGAUUUUGGAUUUUGAAUUUUUUUAUAUUUAAAUAUUUAGGAAUUAGAAUUUAGGAAUUAGAAUUUAGGAAUUAGAACUUAGGAAUU